UUUUUAACCAUAAGCUGCUCUCCUGUUCUAAACUGCGCCAUUCCCCCUCUGUCUGUAAACAUGGCGAGUACAGUGGCGAAGAAGUGUCUCAGUCCUCUGGGUUUCCUCACCAGGACUCUCUCUGCUCCUGAGUUCAUGACUCAGUGCUGCUACCACAAGAAGGUGGUGGAUCAUUAUGAAAACCCAAGAAAUGUGGGAUCAUUGGACAAAACCUCCAAGAAUGUCGGGACUGGUUUGGUGGGGGCUCCGGCCUGUGGAGACGUGAUGAAACUGCAGAUUGAGGUUGAUGAGCAGGGGAAGAUUGUGGAUGCCCGGUUCAAAACUUUUGGCUGUGGUUCUGCUAUUGCCUCCAGCUCUUUGGCCACUGAGUGGGUGAAAGGCAAAUCUGUGGAUGAAGCCUUGAUGAUAAGGAAUACUGACAUUGCCAAAGAGCUCAGUCUUCCACCAGUCAAACUUCACUGCUCAAUGCUUGCUGAGGACGCCAUCAAGGCUGCCCUAGCUGACUAUCGCCUCAAGCAACGGGAUGACCAGCAGGAGGCAGCCAGAGCCAGCAAUUAAACCGAGCACUCACACUCUGAGCGAGUCGUCACUGCUUCCUUCCUGCUGCUGAAAGAAGUAGCAGUAGUGCAGCAUCACCUCCUCAGUUUCCUGCAGUAUCGUCAAGACAAACCCAACAUAUUGAAGACACCACUGUCAACCCACCAUAGCAGUGUUGCACCAGGCUUCCUGUGUUAGUCUGUGGUCCUUUAACCUAAACUCUUACUGUUAGCCUGUCACGGAAACGCACAAUGUAAACACUGUUUGGGUUGUUGGUACAAAAGUGAGCCUUAUUUUUUGAGAUGGUGUAAUAUUUUAAGAUUUUAUGACUGAGGAGGAGUGUUAAUGGUGUGAUGGAGUUAAUGCUUUAAAAUAACAGCAUUCCUACCGUUUCCCCCCACUUCCUCUGAACCCCUUGCACUGACAUUUUGAUACGUAAUUAAUAACACUGGCUUGAAACAAUGAAAGGGUCCAUGUGUUUAAAGUGUAAUUUAUAAGUUUGUAGUAAUGCUUCCUUGACUGUCUACAAAUAAAGUAUACUUAAAAUAUA